AUGGGUUUUUCAUCUCCGUAAAACCCUAGAAAAAAAAAUCGAGCAGAGACAAUGAAGCCAGUGUGGAGAUUCUCUUCAGACGCAAAACGAGCUCAGUUGUUGCUCUUCCAAUUCCAUUUCUAUGGAUUCUCAAACCCCAAAACCAUUCCCUCCUUCACCAGCGUGCCAUAUCGUGGGUUCACGCGCAAGUUCUGCACCGAGUCAAACAAUGUCUCUGACCUUAUUCCCUUGUUCACUGCAAAAGCUUGCACUACAGCCAGAGAGCGUCUCAUCAACAAGGUCAGGAUUCUGAAGAACGAGCUGCUUCGCGAAUCCUCCGAGGCUGGUAGGGUUCACAGCAUUUUGGACGAGUAUUCUGACACUUUGAAUCUCCGUUACGCCAGUGGAUCUGUGUUUAUCGAGCUCAUGAAUCAGUUGGAUUCAAAGCCUUCCGUCGCACUCCAGGUGUUUAAUUGGAGAAGAAAGAAAUCUAGUGUUGAAAACCCUAUGGAUGCGUACGAGUACUCAAAGGGUAUAAAAGCUGCAGGUAGAUCUGCGAAUAUUGAAUUUGCUGUUAUGCUAUUUAAGGAGGCUGCCAUCAAAGGCAUCAAGAAGACCAUCACUUACAAUGCACUAAUGAGUGUUUUUAUGGUCAAUGGUCUUGCUGAUUGGUGCCAGUCCUUGUUUUGUGAUUUGAAGAGGGAUCCGACUUGUGAUCCUUCUAUUGCCACGUACAAUAUUCUUAUAUCUGUUUUUGGUGGCUUGAUGCUGGUUGAUCACAUGGAGGCAACAUUCCGCGAGAUACAAAAGUUGGACCUCGCCAUGAACAUCUACACUUAUAAUUAUUUAAUUGCUGGAUAUCUCACGGCUUGGAUGUGGGAUGAUAUGGAAAAGGUGUUUCAAAUGUUGAUGUCAGGCCCUGUUGAGCCUAACAUGAAAACCUACAUGCUAAUGCUUCGUGGGUAUGCAAAUUCAGGUAAUUUGGAUAAGAUGGAAGAGAUGUAUUCCCUUGUAAGUGAUCAUGUAAAUGAAAAUGGAUUUAAAUUAAUAAGUUGUAUGAUAUGUGCCUAUAGUAAAAGUUCUGAAGUAGAUAGACUAGAGAAGAUAGAGGCAUUGAUGAAGUUUAUUCCAAAAGAAGAUUACAGGCCAUGGUUAAAUGUUUUGUUGAUUAAACUCUAUGCCAAGGAAGACUGUUUAGAGAAAAUGGAGAAUGCAAUAAAUGAGGCAUUUCAGCAUGGAACCUCCAUAACAACCAACAGUAUUAUGAGAUGCAUAAUUGCAACUUAUUUUCGGUGCAAUGCAGUAGAAAAGCUAGAAAGUUUUGUUAGACGUGCUGAAAUCUCUGGGUGGGUAAUCUGUCGUUCCUUAUAUCAUUGUAAGCUGGUCAUGUAUGGGUCACAGGGGCCCUUAAUUGCAAUGCAUAAUGUCCUUCAGGAGAUGGAAAAUGUCAAGCUUGAUUGCACAAAGAAAACGCUAUGGAUAAUGUACAAAGCUUACAUGAGCCGUGGCCAGGGUUCCAUGGUUUUAAAAACAUUGGGACAAAUGUUCAAGCAUGGUUAUGAAGUUCCCUUGGGUGCAUUUCCAUCAUAAAAUAUAUUGCCUGAGCUGCAGAUGAUGUUUCAAAUGACGUUGUUGAUUGUAAGUCUACAUGUCCAACUGAAAAGUUCUAACCAGCUCGUAGACACAGAUGUUUUAUCCACUUGAAAAGAUUUUAAACUCCUUGUUUCAGGUUCUACCAUUCAAGUUGUAUCUGAACACUUUCAGAGUUUGCCUGUGCCCUUGAGAAGCUGAGUUGCAAAACCAAAAUGGUGAACUUUUUCUGCAAUAAGAAUAAAUUGACAUAAGCAAUUUUGUUCAAGAAAAAAAAAAUACACGAGUUAACAUGAUGAAAUAGUUAAAAUGCCAGUAUAAAAAAUAAAUGGCAGUCAAUGAUGUUUGAUUUAGUGGGUCAAGUAUGGAAUUUUCCCCCUCAUCUUUGCAUUGACUCCACUAACCUUAAUGCUGACCUCUUUGAAUCAUACUCUGUUUGGGAAAGAGAACAUAGUAGACUUCGAUGUUAGGAAAAUACUGAAAUUGCUCCAGAGACAAGUUGAUUCCUGUAGCUUUCUACCCUGAUUGUAUAAUUUACAUUUUGUGCAGUACUCUCAAUACACAUGAUUCAUAUGCCUAAUUUUGGAUAAGCGACAUUGAAAAAAGAAGUUCUACUGAAGAAUUGUAUAUUGCAUGCUCUUUCAGCCUUUUGCAUUA